AAACCGCAUUUCAUUUAAGCACAGUUCGUACAUUAAAUACAACGCGAAAUAAUUAAAUGCCCGCGGAAUGAAUCAAUUCACGCGAUUGUUAAUCAUAUACAGUGCUGUAAUAAGUAGCCCUUACAAGGGUUAACUUCGAAACUUUAUCCUUCAAAAGUUUUUCGAGAAGAAUUCUCUCUGCGGAAUAUGGCGAACAGAAAGAAAUUUCAAGCCGUCAAGGAUGCCGUCAUGAUGGCUAAAAUCGGCAAGUCCAAACCUACUAAAAAGCCGCCUGGAUUUUUCAGGCGUGUUGUGGAAAGCAUUUGCGAUGAAAUCGCGGUUGCUCACACAUACGUGGACUCGACUCUCAUCGCCUUCUUCAUCAACUACGUCACAGCAGCGCUGCUCAGCGGACAAAUCUUCAACUACAUCCACGGCGUCCAUCCCUUCGUUUACACAGAGGGCAAGUACGCGUGGAUCUUUCCAGGGACCAGGUCGCAGUUUUUGGCAGAGUCGUACGUAAUCGCGGCGAUCUUGUGGUUCAUGGGUCGCAAAUUCAUUGACCUAGGCGAGGUCAUCGGAUCGAAACAGCGAAGAGAAAUCUGUGAAGCCAAUGCCUGGCAAGCCAUCGUCACCAUCGGAGUCCUGAUGUUUGUCUGGCAAUGUGUGGCUGCAGCGAAAGCACCGUCGUAUCCGUUUGGAGUCGGCGAUAUUUUUGAGCGUGUUGUGGAAAGCAUUUGCGAUGAAAUCGCGGUUGCUCACACAUACGUGGACUCGACUCUCAUCGCCUUCUUCAUAAACUACGUCACAGCAGCGCUGCUCAGCGGACAAAUCUUCAACUACAUCCACGGCGUCCAUCCCUUCGUUUACACAGAGGGCAAAUAUGCGUGGAUCUUUCCAGGGACCAGGUCACAGUUUUUGGCAGAGUCGUACGUAAUCGCGGCGAUCUUGUGGUUCAUGGGUCGCAAAUUCAUUGACCUAGGCGAGGUCAUUGGAUCGAAACAGCGAAGAGAAAUCUGUGAAGCCAAUGCCUGGCAAGCCAUCGUCACCAUCGGAGUCCUGAUGUUUGUCUGGCAAUGUGUGGCUGCAGCCAAAGCGCCGUCGUAUCCGUUUGGAGUCGGCGAUAUUUUUGAGUGA